AUGGCAUCAAUUGCUCGAUCCCUCAGGGCAGUGAGGCCCGCCACUCUCUGCAAGACCAUCCCCGUACGGACAAUCUUCCGCGCGAGGGCCUUUUCGAGCUCCCCAGUCGUCCUCGAAAAGCGCUACACAAAAGACCACGAAUGGAUCGACAUCAACCGCCAGAAGCUGACGGGCAUCAUCGGCAUCUCCGAAUACGCCGCCGAAGCCCUCGGUGACGUCGUCUACGUCGAGCUCCCCGAGACCGACGGUGACUGGGUGUCGGCUGGCGAUGCCAUCGGCGCCGUCGAGUCCGUCAAGUCCGCCUCCGACAUCAACAGUCCUGUCAAGUGCAAGGUUACCGUGGUCAACACGGCGCUCGAGGAGAAGCCUUCGAUCAUUAACCAGGUGCCUGAGGAUGAUUCGGCUGGUGGUGGUUGGCUCGCCAAGGUCGAGGUUGAUGAGUCGAGCUUGGAGGAGUUUGAUGCUUUGAUGAGCGCUGAGGAGUAUGCCACGUACUCCAAGGAGGUGCAUGAUGAGGACCACUAG